AUGCAGUUAACCGACUCUGAUCCGAGUGAACGUGGCACCUCGAAACCAGCAUUUCAUCCGGAUCCGGUUUCCAGUAGACAUUGGACCACAUGCCUGUUUCGUUUACACGAGCUCAUUCCCGAUCAGUGGAUGACGUGGAAUCCGUCGUUCAAACGUGACACCGCAUCUGCAUGUGCAUCUGCAUCGUCAUCACGUUCCACCUUGUUGGACAAUGCGAAUGCGGAAACUCGUCCCAACCCUAGCUUUCCCGUCCUCUAUGGUCACAUGGUUGUGCGUCUGUUGCCCAUGCUUGAGGCCAUACUGGCCCACUUCAUCGAGACUGAGCUGCCACUGGUUCGCCUCAUCCCCUUCUGUCGGGCUGUGACUCCACUGUUCCGAUUUCAUCGUCGUCCAGUGAAUACCUCAUUCGUCCUACUUCGCGAGCACUGGCACUUUGUCCCACCGGAUGCGGAUGGCUCGAAUGCGGACAAUCAACUGACCUGGUUCAUCGGUCGACUCCGCAUGCAACUGGUCACACAUUGCGUGCUAAGUCGAACUCACACUCUGGCCGUUCACCGGGCCCGAUCUCGUAAACUCAAUGGUCCCGGGGCGGACAUCGAGGCCCAGUCGGGGCUUUUGACGCAACGCGGCUGGUCCGAGCUGUGUGCCAGUGUUGAGGUCGCGAAAGAGACGUACACACAACUGCUCGCUAAAUACACGGACGAGGCACGUUUCUGGGCAGAAGCCGAACCGGAACUGGAAGCAAUGCUCUACGACUGGUACAAUGCGCAUGUCACUUGUGCGGACUCGGAAUUCGUUUCUACCCUGUUGAAUCCAAUCAUUCUGAGUACCCAUAAAUUCGGCUUGUAUGGGCAUCCUGCUGCUUGGAGGCCGUGGAAUCUGGAGGAAAACGUUUCAAUCCAAGCUGCCGGUUUGUAUGCGGCUGCGGUCGAGAUCAUGUCUUCAUACACCACACCGAAAGAGUUUGUCGCGGCCAUGACAGACUUUCUAUUGCCCGGAUCGGUUGGACCAGAUACCGGUGACUGUGUGAAUGUUCUGGGAGCUCUCACAGCUCUUCUGCCGAAUGCUUAUCGCAUGGCCAUAUGUCAGUUUGCCACCAGUCUCCUGGUCGAGGAUGUCAUGACCAAUCCAAUCGGGUCACCGGACUGGUCCAACCAGUUAGACGAGUGCUACAAUUCCGCCAGCCAGUGGCAUCGCUCGUCCCGUAUCAGGCGUCAUGCACGAUGGCUUGAUCCGGACGAGAAUGAGUCACACACGGAUUUGUGUCCUUCGCCUCCGGCGGUGGCAGUGAACUUUUUCAAAGAUUUUCUUCCACCUCAGCAGUCAUCUGCCGACACGGACAAGCGUACGACUGGUGUGGAGCUCAACUCGAAGAAUAGCAAAGAUAACUCUCUGUUCACUGAGCUAAUAGUGCCUUAUUUGACUAACGAAGCCCAACUGUUAAUGGCGUUCUAUCUGGUUGCUCCGCUAAUGGGUUCGUUGCAUUCUGAACGAGCGGCAAAAUUGAUUGAAUUGACUGCUCACCUAUAUCGAGCUGUGGCCCAAGUCGAUGCCCUGCUGGGCAUGAAGGGUGGCGGUGGCGCUGGUGGCCCCGGUGGUGAAUCGAAUUCGGCGGGCACCGAUCAGGAUGCGGAAUCCGACACGAAACCAAAACAGAUCGGAGUCCCGAUGGUCCAUGUGGACACGGUAGCCGAUCUGUUGUAUCAUAUCAAAUACAUGUACGUGGGCAAUGGUGUGCUAGAUCAAGUGCAACCGUUACUACCCAAGCUGCGUCCGAAUUUGCGCAAACGACUGAAAUUCAUUCUCCCUCCGACCGAGAUGUUCAACGCUCCGGGAUCUGCUCAGUCCGGUGCACAGGCAUGGACAAAACCGUCACAAGCUUUUCCCGGUGAAAUGGCUCGUGCCGUCUACGAGGGGCGACCUACAUUCGAUCCCCAGGUAGAGUACGCAAUUCAAGCGUGGAAGCCAUGGCUGCAACGCGAUCGUGAGAUUCUGGAACAUUCACAAAGUAUGGCCACCAAAGUGGUCAAGGGACUGGAAGUCAAGACUAAUUGCGGUGCUCACACGCUUGUUGGAAUGCACAUAUCUCUGAUUGAAGGCGUAACAGGGACCAACAUGGUCCUUUUCUGCUCUUGGUUCAAAGAACGUGCAGACCUCAUUUCAACGCGGCAAAUCUGUUCGAUCCUCUGA